UUUUUUAAAAACGCCAUUUAAAGAGACGCGUGGAUUGAAAUGAAUGAAAACACCGUGCCCAACCUGACCGCCGGAAGACUUAACUUCUGCUCCCAGCUCUCCUCCGUUACCCUGCAGCUGCUGCUGAACCUGACGGGCGUCUACUUCGCCUUCUAUUUCCUCUUCACCCUCAGCCUAAUCAUCAAAAAGAGCUUGGAGCUGCCUUAUCCUUCCGAUGCUCUGGCCUGUGAUGUGGGUCUGCUGCUCCUCCUGGCUGCUCUGGAGUUUCUGCAUCUCUACUGUGGUGUGAAGGGCAAUCUGAUGGAGAGUGAGAGCUAUAUUUUUGGGAACCUCCUUGUGACGGCAGCAACUACCUUACUGACGGUCUACUUCCUGGUGUGGCAGACUUAUGUAAUGAGAGCAGAUGUAAUUAUCAGCAGCGUCUUAGUCGCUGUCUAUGGUGCAGACGGAGUCCUGGCUUUAAGCACCUUGGCCAGAUUUGCCAGUGUUUAUUCAUGAAGAAGACUUCACUUCAUCGUCGUGUGUCCUACAGCGAACUCAGGAGUUUACUACGUUUUCACAAAUAGAAAACAAGAUUUUUGUUAGUUAUUAUUAUUCUUUGUUUUGAUUGUUUGGGUGUUUUUAAUAUUAAAUUUCUUUAUUAAAGUUUUA